AUGAUCCUCAACAUCGUCUGGUUCUUCCUCCUCUUCAUGUUUCAUCCUCUCUUGUCGGCCGGCGCCCCACUCAACGCGACUGAGGUGAUAACCUGUGGCUUCCUCGUCCGGCAAUUCGAGCAGUGCAUCGACGGCAAAGAGAACGACUACAUCGAGAUGACCAACAUUUUCCGCGAAGUCGACCACAGCGUCGUUCGCUACCCCAACCCCAAGAACCCGAUCAAAAUCAAGAACAAGAGCACUGUGAAGGUCCACAUCGAGGGGUUCCCUGGACAGGUUGCGACCGGCUUCUCCGUCGACGGCCGUUUCGGGUUCUGGUACAAUGACCAAGGCUGGCCAGCCGAUGGAGAGGGUGGAUUGGGAAAAUGCCUGACCUAUGGCUGGGACAAUGUACCUUUCAAGUGCGCGCACACUUCUAAGCCAGCUCCUAGGCACCGCGACAUGGACUGCGCUUUCCCAUGCUAG